AUGAGUUGGCGAUCAGAAGAUAUAUGGAUAGAACUUAUAACGGGGUCUCGAAAACUAAGUAAUUUAUGCUGGGCCCUUAUCCUUUUUUUAGGUUCAUUAGGAUUCUUAUUGGUUGGAACUUCCAGUUAUCUUGGUAGAAAUUUGAUAUCUUUUUUUCCGUCUCAGCAAAUCAUUUUUUUUCCACAAGGGAUCGUGAUGUCUUUCUACGGGAUCGCGGGUCUCUUUAUUAGUUCCUAUUUGUGGUGCACAAUUUCCUGGAAUGUAGGUAGUGGUUAUGAUCGAUUCGAUAGAAAGGAAGGGAUAGUGUGUAUUUUUCGUUGGGGAUUUCCUGGAAAAAAUCGUCGCAUAUUCCUCCGAUUCCUUAUAAAAGAUAUUCAGUCCGUUAGAAUAGAAGUUAAAGAGGGUAUUUAUGCUCGUCGUGUCCUUUAUAUGGAUAUCAGAGGCCAGGGGGCCAUUCCCUUGACCCGUACUGAUGAGAAUUUGACUCCACGAGAAAUUGAACAAAAAGCCGCCGAAUUGGCCUAUUUCUUGCGCGUACCAAUUGAAGUCUUUUGA